UUUCCUUCUUUUAAUCUUGGUUUCAUCAUUUUUGGAAUUCUCACGUGUGUUGUUUUUUUGGAUUAAAAUUAAAAAAUAAGAAUGGCAUUUACUGUUUUACCAAUUGCAAUAAGAUGUGGGCGUUUAACAAUUGAAAAUAUUUGUCAAAUUAGUAGGAACGUUUUAUUUAGUUCGUCUAAAACGUUUUCGGCAUCAUCGACAUAUUAUCAAGGUACAGCAGCAAAAGAGCAAAAACCUGGAGAAACAUCAGAAUCUAGUCAAGAACUUUCGGAAAAUGAGAAAAAAUUAACGACAGAAAUAGAAUUAUUGAAUAAAGAAAUAAUUGAUCUUAAAGAAGAAAAUCAUAUUUUAAAUGACAAAUACAAAAGAUCACUUGCUGAUAGUGAAAAUUUACGAAGGCGUUUAAUGAAACAAAUUGAAGAUGCAAAACUUUUUGGUAUUCAAUCAUUUUGUAAAGAUUUAUUGGACGUCGCUGAUAUUUUAGGUAAAGCAACAGAAAGCGUUCCAAAAGAUCAACUAACCGAGAGUAAUCCACAUUUAAAGACAUUAUACGAAGGUUUAACCAUGACUGAAGCACAAUUGCACAAGGUAUUUAAAAAACAUGGCCUUGAAUCAUUAAAUCCAUUAGACGAGAAAUUCGAUCCUAAUCAACAUGAAGCCUUAUUUCAGCAGGAAGUUGAAGGCAAAAAACCAGGAACAGUGGUUGUAGUGUCCAAAGUUGGUUACAAACUCCAUGAAAGAAUAGUAAGGCCAGCUCUUGUCGGUGUUGCCAAAAUAUAACGAGACAAUUUCUAAGAAUAAUUAUUAAUGUGUGAAGUCAUAUGGACCAGGUGUUAAAUAGAGAACAUAAUGAGAAAAUGUUGAUUUGUUAACUAUUUCUGAUCUAAUGUAAAAUUAUUAUCGUACAGAAUCAAAUGUUAAAAUAUGUUAUGUUAUGAUUUUAAAUUAUAAGUUAUAUAUAUAUAUAAAGAAAAAGAAAAUAACUGGCGUUUGCAUUCCUGUAAUAAUUCUCAUUUUGUUCAAAAAGAUCUUCAAUAAUUAAAGGCUUCUAAUUUUUA